AUGGCUUUGGCGAUCCCAGAUGCUUUCAAGAACAUAGUACACAAGCUGUGCCGCUGGCACAUUAUGAAGAAGUAUAGGGAACACCUUGCAUGCCUGUACAACCUGCACGAUGACUUUAAGGAUGAAUUCACAUCAAUUCUCAAUUGGACCCUCAUGCCAACUGAGUUUGAGGCUGCCUGGAAAAGACUCAUGGAUAAGUACAACCUCCAUGAUGAUGCCAAGAUGGUGGGCAUGUGGAAAGAGCAUGAGAGAUGGAUAUCAGCCUACUUCAAAGAAAUUUUCUACACCAAAAUAACAUCCACACAACAAAGUGAGAGCAUGAACUAUGUGCUCAAGAAGAACUUCGUAAGUGAGAGACAAAACCUCCACCGGUUUGUCAGUCAGAUGGCAAAGCUUUACUCACGAGCUAUGUACAGGGAGAUUAGAAAAGGGCUAAAACUGAGCACACUCUUCACGGCGACAGAGACGGAAGAGCCCACAAAGUACCUCGUGCGCUACAACAACCCGCAAAAACUAUCUGCGUGGGCUCAGCACGCGUUCCAGGUGGUUGCAUACCCCGUGGUAGAAAUAUAUGAGUGCGAGUGCAAGCUAUGGGACCACACAGGUAUUUUCUGCGUGCAUGUCAUGUGCAUGAUGCAGACAAUUAAGGCUGCCAGCGUUCCAGAGAAAUACUUCCUCAGGAGAUACACCAAACGCCCGAACAUCCAGCCAACAUUCAACAGAAAUGACUUGAGGACAGUAGUGUCAAACAAGGCAUCCCAAUACUGCAUUGAAAGCUCACGGCUGACGCUGAAAAUGAGGGUGCACAGAAAAAGCUUGAGAACCCAAGAGCAAAUGGCGAGGUCACGGGUCUUCAUGGACAAACUUGAACAAGAACUCGACGCCAUGCAUUCUGUUGAAACUGGAGGUGUCGCGGAAAAUGAAGCCAUUGAGCAGGAUAUUGCUACAAUGUUAUCCAAUAUGAACCAUCUGUGA